AUGUCCUCCAACGAUAACAACCAGCCCUCCCUCAUUGGCGGCCAUGCUGAAUACGUUAAAGGAGCAGCAGAGGCAACUAUUGGGAAUGUCACAGGUUCAGAGGCAUGGAAGGCCUCUGGGGAGCAAGCGAAAGCCCACGCUGUUGACACUAUGAAGUCCGCUGGCGAGAGAAGAGACCCUUCGCAAGGGUUUGGUGUUGCUGAGCAGAAACUAGGCCAGGUUACUGGAUGUGAAGGCAUGGCGAACGAGGGUGCUGCUAGCAAAAAGCAGCGGGAGGAGAUUGAUACUCGAAUAGAGUAUCUCCUGCAACAGCGUCAGUCGUUAACUCAAGAGUUACACGCUAGUCCAUAUGAUUUAAUCCUCUUCCUGAAGCGUGCGCUAGUUUAUUCCGACCUCGGCUAUCCUGAUCUGGCUUCUGGGGACGCCUACCGGGCCCUCCUGCUCACUGACGAGAUUCGCAAUGAUGGCUUUGAGUUUCACCAGAGAGCCUCUCAAUGCUUGGCCAAGUAUGCGAACGACACAAUCAUCGAUGUGCUUGACCAUGGGGCCUUAUCGGAAGACAGGCUUCGUCUCGCCAAUUCUGCGUCCGGGACCGAUCCUAUUGCCCUCGCAUCACUGUUGUCUAUCCGCUGCUACCAGGUUUUGGCACUCAGCCUACUCUUGUGCGGCUGCCUGAAAAGUGCAUACGGCUUCUGCGAACGUGGUCUCAGCGUGUCUCCCGACAACCAAGAGCUAAGAAACACAAUGCAAUAUAUUCAAACGGUUGGCGAACGGAGAACGCGCAGUCAGAUUACUGGCCCCAGCGACCUUCCAGACUGGGGGAUGGUGCGUCGAGAAGUCUAUCCAUGGAAUGACUUCGAACCUGAUCGGUUCUCAGACGAGUCUUUAGCGUUUCUGAAUGCAGAGUUGGCUGGGAUGGCUCCCAAGUGCUGUGUAAAGGUCGCCCAAUUACCCAUCCUCCUUGGAAGUGCUAGUGACACGGAUGAUUAUGAGAUCAUACCUACCUGCAACCAGCUUGGGGUUUUUGCGAAGGACGACAUUGCACCGGGAGAGGAUGUGUUGGCUGAGUAUUCCCUCAUAACUGCCAACAACCGUUUGAAAGACUCGGUUUGUGAUGCCUGUAGCGAUGAGCUUCCACCUUUAGGCACGGACUCUCAAGCUGUCAAUUGCCCGGACUGUUAUGAUACUGUCUUUUGUAAUCAGUAUUGCCUUGAGCAAGCGCAAAGAUCCUAUCACCCGGCCGUAUGCGACAAGGAUGUCGACUCGAUUGCCAAAGAUCCCGAGGCGAAAGAAGCCGACGAAACUCUCUAUCUUCUACUCCUUGCGCGCGUCCUUGCAAUGGCGGCUCACCAGGACAUCCACCCGCUCGACGUCAGCCAAGUCAAAUACAUAUGGGGGGAUUUUGUUGAUACGAAGGCCAACGAAAUUAACCUCUCGCCCAACGCUGGCCCACCACCCGAAUGGACUCUCCCAUUCUCUUUCAAGUAUAACAUCGAAACCCCGUUGCACAUACUCGAAAAGAUGGACAUCAAUAUUUACGAGACUUUGGCCUGCCAUGAUGUAUGGGUCUUCAACACCCUAUACAGCAAAUUUCGAGGUACGGCAUCGGCUCGGAAGAAUCCGAGAGAUGGCCGGCCAGAUGUGGCGGCAGUACAUCCCUUUUGGUGUCUUGCCAACCAUGACUGCGAUCCGAACGUGACAUGGGAAUGGAGCGGGCGGAUGGUUCUCAGAGCAAGAGAUACGCGCAUCUUGGGCAAUCUCCCGGGGGGCAUCAGGAAGGGCGAAGAAAUUUUAAACCAUUAUUGUGAUAUCAAUCUCCCAGUUCAACAACGUAGGGAGUGGGCUAGCGGCAGCCUCGGCGGAUGGUGUAUGUGCAAGCGGUGCCGUGAUGAAGCGGCUGCCGACACCCAUUCCAAGGGGUGA